AUGGCGGCGGAGUACAACUGGACGGAAAUAAGAAACAAAUGUCCGGAGUAUGUACCGAGUUACUCAAAUGUUACUUAUGGGAUCGUGGCGAUGGUGGGAGUGGUCUUGAAUUGUCACCUAAUCGCCCAAUUCAAAAAGCAACUCAAUGGAUCCGUAUUCCUUUUUGCUCUUGCAUUCACCGACGUCUUCUACUGUCUGCUCUAUCUUUACAACUAUCCAAUCAAAAGUGUCGCCAUGUUCUUCGAAAGUGAUUUCCUUGCCGAGGUUCACCUUUCCAUUCAAUACUACAUAAAACCAAUGGAAAAGUUUGUGGGAAUCUUUGUUCCUCUUCUAAUGAUGUACAUCAUUCAUGAGAAGUUUCUCUGGACUUGUACAUCCAAAAUUCGUCAACGAUACUCAUUUCUUACUGUAAAUAGAAAGAAAUCCACUCUGACCGCGGUGACAGCUGUCUAUGCGAUCGUUGGAACAGUGCUGUCAACUUGGAAUCUUGAGAUAACUAACACCGGUUUCUGUGACGUCACUGUCGUCGUGUUCCCCUCUGAGAGUCGUUACAUAGACUUCCUUCAAAAUGGCAUAGUGUUUUUUGUACUAUCGAUGACUUAUAUCCUAACUUUUCCGUUCACAUUGUUAGUUAUAGUCGGUGUAAUAUUCUUUAAAGAACAAGAAGAAAGUGAAGAUGGAAUUCAAAUGGAAAAUGUAGAAGAUGAUGCGAAGCUUAUAAAGACCAACAGUAGACUCCGAAAAUCAAUUGUCUGUAUGCUCAUUGUUUACUUCCUAUACUUUCUCCGUGGAGUUGUCUCCAACUUUUUCAUUCAUGUUCGGGGAAGCGACAUUUAUGGAAAGAACGUGUUUUUGAGGAACGAGCGGAGUUGGUAUUACGACUUCAUGAAUGUGUUGAUUUCGGGGUCUCGGAUCGUUCUCUACUACGUUUUCUGUCAAGAAGGAUUGAUUGUGGAUUACCCUCCAAAUGCAAUUCAGACCCCACAAGCAGUCUGA